AAUGUCACGAUUAAUCAACCGCAGAGACUCUGCCACACCGUGUUUUUAUUGUUAAAAAAAUGGGCCGAUACACUGUGUUUGGCGCAACCUGCACGGAACGAAAAAAAAGUGACACCUGGUGCGUCAGCUUAAUGUGCCGUACCUAUCAGGAGCGGGAGUCAGGACCACCAUACAGUCUACGCGGGAGACAUGAAAGCUGUGCUGCAUUAGCGCAACAAUGGCAGAGGGAUCUAGCAACGAAGUGUUGUAUCCACCCAAAAAACGAUUGAAGUCAGCAGUGUGGGAGCAUUUUGGAUUCCAUAAGAACGACCAAGGAGUUAUACAAGACGACGGAGCACCCGUCUGCAAAACCUGCCGCAAAAAAGUUAUGGCGAAAGGAUCAAACACAUCAAACCUGAUACAGCAUCUGCGAGAUCACCACCCAAGACUUCACGCUUUAAUAAAGCCAAACACCACCUCUGGUAUUGCUGCAGCUGGGGUUAAUCAAUCUACUGUUGCUGAAUCCUUUGCGAAGUGUGUGACUUAUGCGCCCUCCUCAAAACAAGCCCAGGAUCUGAACAAUGCUGUGGCCUAUUUCAUCUCCAAAGAUAUGAUGCCAUUUCAGAUAGUGGAAAAACCUGGAUUUCUUCAUCUAAUGAAAAAGGCGGUACCACAGUACAAAGUUCCGUCAAGAAGCUACUUCUCCGCCAACAAAAUCCCAGCCAUGUACAAAGAGGUACGAGCAAGUGUUGAGGAGCAGCUGGCAGAGGGUGUGUGGUUUGGUGCAACCACAGACCUGUGGACCAGCACUGGUGGUGGAGGAGAACCCUUUAUGAGCUGUACAGUCCACUACAUCUCUUCGGAUUGGAAACUGAAGUGUCACUGUCUUGAGACUCUUUAUUUUCCAGAAGAUCACACGGCAGAGCAUAUCACAGAAAUGAUGGAAAACAUGCUCCUGGACUGGAACAUAAAGAAAGAGAGUCUGUCCGGAAUUACAACCGACAACGCCAGUAACAUGAGGAAAGCCUUUGAAACAUUUCCCUGUGUUUGGUUUUCUUGUUUUGGUCAUAAUUUAAAUUUGGCCAUUUCCAAAGUCCUUAAGAUCUCAAGGGUGGAAUCUGCCAUCAGAUCAUGCCGGCAUUUGGUCCAAGGAUUUUCUCGAAGCUGGAAACGGAAACGUGACCUACACAAGAAGCAGGAAGAGUUAAACAUCGCUGAACAUUCCCUGAUACAUGAUGUGGUCACCAGGUGGGGAUCCACAUUUGAAAUGAUUUCCAGGUUCUUGGAGCAGCAGCAGGCAAUCUGUGGUGUGCUUGUAGGUAACAGAAGCACCUGGCAUCUUAUGCCCAAAGACAGUGACAUCACUGUCUUGGAGGAAGUGCACAAACUGCUUUGCCCUCUCCAUGACUUCACUGACAUUCUGGCCUCAGAAAGACAAGUCACACUUUCCGCUCUGCAGCCAGUUUUGGAGCACAUCAACAGUGUGAUGCUUCAAGAUGAAGAGGAAGACAGCGCUCUUACUAAACAGAUGAAGCAUGUAAUUAGAGAUGACCUGCUAAUGCAGCUGAGAUAUACAACAGAAAUGAAGAAUGUGCUGAGCAUUUCGAGUUUCAUUGAUCCCAGGUUCAAGGGAAGCUUUGCUGAGAAUCUUGAUGACAUAGUCAAGGCAUGCAGUGAUGAAGCAACUGCUCUUACAGCACAAGAACUUCCAGACACAGAACAGCCUCCAGCAGCAAUGGCACAGAGCACCAACUCCACCACCACCACCAAAAGGAAAGAGAAGAGCCUGUCUGGGUUGUUACAGAAAAUCACCACUGCAAGGAAGAACAGGUCAGCAGCAGCCUCAGAGGGACCACUGCCAACAGCCCUGGAAAAGCUUGAUACUGAGAUGAGACUGUACCUGUCUCUUCCUGCAAUCGAUGCUGAAGCGGACCCACUGUCUUGGUGGAAGACACAUGUGGAAGAAUUUCCAAUGCUAUCAAAAGUGGCCAGAAAGUACUUGUGCAUCCCUGCAACAAGUGUGCCUUCAGAAAGGGUGUUCAGUGCAAGUGGCCAUAUCCUGUCCCCUCAGCGUUCAAGACUUAGCACUGAAAAUGUGAACAUGCUCACAUUUCUGCACUUUAAUAUGAACUGAAAGGACUGGAUCAAAUGUUAGGUAUGUGAAAAGGGCCUGCUGCAUUUAAGUCCUUGUUUUGUU